UCGGAUCUUCCGGAGGGUCCGUCCUAACAAAGGGAAGAUUUAACGGUAUGUUUGGACCGUCAGCGCCGCGCCGCCUGUAGACCCAGUUCUGGCGAAUGCGUUCGGUUCCGAGCAGAUCAUGAGCAAAGAGUACCAGAUGAGAGCCGCCAUCAACCAGAAGCUGAUAGAGAUGGGAGAGAGGGAGAGGCUGAAGGAGCUCCUCAGGGCCAAGCUGGUGGAGUGUGGAUGGAAGGAUCAGCUGAAAGCUCACUGCAAAGAUGUGAUCAGAGAGAAAGGUCUGGAGCACGUCACCGUGGAGGACCUCGUCACCGAAGUGACGCCCAAAGGCCGAGCGCUCGUACCGGACAGCGUGAAGAAGGAGCUCCUGCAGAGAAUCCGGGCCUUUCUGGUGCAGCACGCCGCCGUGUGAGAGCCGCUGCUCCAACCUGUCAAUCAAAUGUGAACUGAUGUUGUGAUGAACGCCUGGAGGGGAUUUGUGUUUGCUUUGUUUUGCUGCUGCGUUGAUGAAAACCAAUAAAGUCCCGCCUUCUGACUGCC